CAAAUUGACAAUUAGUUCAAAAUGGCGGCGAAGGUGCAAUGCGGUGUUUCCGCGGAAACGCGAAGUGAUGAAUUAUGAUUCAAAUGCAGAAAAAAUAAGACAUAAUCUAUUGAAAAAUGCUAGUGAGUGUUAAAAAUAUACCGCUCGUGUUAAAUAAAAGUAGUUCCAUCCGCACAGUGUUGUAGUGGUGUUUUUUCGUAUUAGUGUAUCGGGUGUAUCGUAAUGUUGCGGAAAGUCAAUUUUUACUCAAUAUGUUUCGCAUUCGGUCUCAGUGUACUCUUAAUUCUUGCUGGAAGUCGAUAUACAGAUAACAUCAAUUAUCAUCCGUCCAUCGAGAGCCGCAGGAAUAUUAGGAACUUUUUGAGGGUCGAAGAUGGAGACAUAGUUCAACCAGUGUACGAACCUACAGUCUCUUUUCCUUAUUACGACUCAAUGGAUAACGAAAAAAUUUUGAAUAAGACUAGUUUCAGAAUUAAAUAUGAUUUAUCAACUUACAACUUCAGUCAUUCUGGAGUUCAGAAGUUAGAAGACUUACUCAUGGAAGCAGGUGGAAAGCCUAUAAGAAAUAUUAUUAUUUCAACUUGGAGAUCUGGAACCACCUUUCUUGGUGAAGUGUUGAAUGCCAUGCCCGGUAACUUCUAUCAUUAUGAACCUCUUUUGAAGUUCCAAAUUGUGCAAAUAAGAGGUCUUCCUCUUUCUGCCGAAGCACUAAGUAUCAUCAAGAAUAUGCUUAAGUGUAAUUUUGAUGGCUUGGAUGAAUAUUUUGAAUAUGGUAAAAAACAUCUGUAUCAAUUCAGCCAUAAUACUAGACUAUGGGACCACUGUAAAUAUAAGAAAGAAUUGUGUUUUGAUGCAGAGUUCACAGGAAGGUUUUGUAAACUCUUCCCCUUCCAAAGUAUGAAGGUUGUGCGUGUAAGAUUACGCCUCAUUCAAGAGAUUCUGGAUGAAAAAGAGCUUAAUGUGAAAGUGGUGCUUUUAAUCCGCGACCCACGUGGUGUGAUGCAGUCAAGACAACACAGAGACUUCUGCCAGCCUGCUGCUGACUGCUGGCAGCCAGAGCUGCUGUGCGCGGACAUGAUAAGUGACUAUGUAGCAGCUGGAAGACUGCUCAAGCAAUAUCCAGAUAAGCUCAUGGUUCUACGUUAUGAAGAGCUAGCUCUGGAUCCAAAUAAAACAACUCUAAAUCUUCUCAAGUUCCUUAGGAUGGGUAUGACAUCUUCUGUGGAAAAAUUCCUUAGCACUCAUACAAAUGUUGAAGUGGCAGGGGUUAGCUCUACAUUCAGAAUCUCGCAACAUGUGCCUUUCAGAUGGAAGAAUGUAUUGGAUUUUGAUUAUGUUGACAAUAUACAGGAAGUUUGCAAGGAAGCAAUGGAUCUAUGGGGCUAUCGCCUAGCACAUAACUCAUCCCAUAUGACAAGCAAGGAUUUUAACCCUAUAAUGGAAUAUGUUGUCAAUCAGUGAUGUUAUAAUAUUAACUAUAUUCAAG